AUGCGUCGGGAGCGAGUGUUGCCGCUGGCACAGCCUAUGUUGCUGCUGCUGUGGCCGCUGAUGUUGCUGUUGCUGCUGCCAUUGAUGUUGCUGCCAGGCACGCACUUGAGUGGCGCAGUAGCGGCGGCGGCUGUGGCGACGUCGUCUGUUGACAAGGAUGUGGCACCAGUUGGCGAUGUAAAAACGGAUUUGCUGUCAUUUGAGCAGGAAAUUGGCGGCUCUGCGGUGCGGCAGGGAACAGUGCGGAAUCUGCUUCCGGGACAGCAGCGGCGACGGCGGCGUGGCAUCUUCUUUAGCGGCAGCUUCACCGGUUUCCCCUUCGCGGCCUGGAGUGGCGGUUAUUCCUGGUCAUUUCCCGGUUACCCGUACAACUAUUACGGCUCCACGCCGGGCUAUUACGGCUAUGGCAGCGGUUACUAUCCCGGCUACCUGGGCUAUCAGAAAAUUAUCAUCGGCUAA